GCUUCUCCAGUUUGUGAAGUUCGGUUCUUGCUGACAGGAUUUUUCGACGGUUUAAACAUGGGACUGUCAGGACAGUGAAAACAAAGUGUUUUGACUUAAAAGAGUGACAGUCUGGAAGACAUGGACGCCAAAGAAGAAAUCACUGAUGUGGACAGUGAGGAUAUACAGCAUUCUGAUCCAGAUGAUCCCAUUAUAAUGACGAUGAGCAGUGACUCACAUGACCAGGCUGUGAAGUUAAAGCAGCAGUUACUGCAGGACAGCCUUGAACUGUGUAUUAUGGAGUUGAAGAAACUAUGCAUCAGAGAAGCUGAGCUGACUGGACGCUUGCCCUCAGACUAUCCUCUGCUGCCUGGAGAAAAGUUGCCACGUAUACGCCGGCGCAUUGGGGCUGCUUUCAAGCUGGAUGAGCAGAGCAUCCACAAAGGGGAGGACUCUGAAACAAGCUCCUUGGAGACCAAGCUGGCCCUGCAAGAGCAGAUCUAUGCGGCAAUGCACAGGCUGUGCCAAGAGGACCACCAUAGCAAGACGGUGAAGAAGAGCAGAGUGCAGCAGUGCAAACGGGAGGAAAAGAAGCUUAAGGAGCUUCAAGAAGAACUGUUCCUUAUACAUCUUAAACAAGAUCGCAGCACCUCAAACGGCCGUUUGGCGAAAGUAUCAGCGUGGUUGGAUAAAGCGGAGCCGACAAGCCAGCUCUCCCAGCCGUCCCCUGAGCCCGUUCCAAGAUCAAAGACUAAUUCUCUACUUACAGUCCCGUCUAAUCGUCCUCUCACCCCCACUAGCCCCCUGCUUCAUUCCCGUAAACCCAGCCCCAGUCCACAACAACCACGCCGCGAGCAUUUACAUCCCUGCCACGAUCCAACACCGGAGUACAAAACUACCCACGUACAGAACAUCUGGAAGGAGUCCGCAUCUAAUCAACAUCUGAAACCCAACUCGCACUCCAAUAGCGCCUGCUCCAGUGCUGCCGCCACCCCUACGUUCCCCCGACGGGAAGUCUGUUUAGAUGACUCACAAGUGCCCACACAUGCAGGAUUGAGGCACAAUCAGUCCAGUAGUACUCCCUCUACUCCAGAGAUGCAGUCACGGAGAGGACACUAUAUCAGUGUUUCCCGUAUGGGGUCGCCAAACAUCGCGGCUCAAGACCGGUCCUGGCUGCAGAGUGCGACCCAGAGGCACCGGACGGAUGUUCCUUCAACAGCACCCGAGUAUUCUCCCUCCUCCAAAAUACUACCAAUGGGAACGUCCCUGCGUCACUUCAGCAACGAGAGCAGCAGCCCAGACCACUCAUUUCCUUCACCUUAUAUAACUUCACCCUGCCAGGAGCAGCAAUGCCAGGCACAUUACACCAGAUACCACUACAUCAAUCCCCCAGUUUCCCAGUCCUACAUACCUCUCAGAUACUACAGAUGCCCCUCUACCCAACCUUCCCCCCAGCCUUACAGAGCAUAUGCAGGUGAAGAAAGACACUAUGAUUGGAACACGAACAGAAUGUAUUAUCGGCACCAGCCUACUUCUCCCUGCGGCAAUGGCCAAUACAGUUACUGGCAUGUUGACGCACCGUUACACCUUCAGACGUACGGGCUACCGUACCAUCACGUAAAGCCAACACAGGCUCCGUCGCUCAGAGAGUACUCCCUACAUCAAAACAGGGUUUCCCAAGCCCGGUGGGGUCAAAGCAGCCCAAGUCGUGGCUUCAGUGCUGCCAGUUGUGCCUACACUCCUUGGUCACGUAUGCGAUAGCGAUUAGCUAAUCUAGCUAACCAGCAGCAUGGCUUUAAUAAACAACAGGUACAGUAUGAUAUUUUACUGAUUAUUAAUGCUAGUUUAAGCUCACCCGUUUUUGUAAGUAGGUGAGUGAAUGGGUGAGUGUGUGAUGCCAUGAGACUGGUGCUCUUAGUGCUUAAGGUACUGGACUAGUAAUCAGAAGGUCGCCUGUUCAAGCCCCACCCUUUCCAAAUUGCCACUGUUGGGCCCCUGAUCAAGGCACUUAACUCUCAAUUGCUCAAGUCGUGUUCAGUCAUAAUCGUAAAUCACUUUGGGUAAAAGUGCCUGCCAAAUGUAAAUGUCAAAUGCAUGGCUUUUGGAACGAGGCAUCCCAGUUAGGAUAAAUGAAUGAAUGAAUGAAUGAAUUAUAUUCAUAUUUACAUACUACAUUACUAACAUUUAUUAAUAUUGUAAACAUAAUGAUUGAAUAAUAAUAAAAGAGUGCUCAAGUUUUGCAGUGGGGAAAUAUGCUAGGGUUCAAAUCUCAGCAGUGCAGUGACCUGGUUGGCUAAUGUUCACUAAUUACUGGCUAAUUAUGCCUGUUGGAUUCCCAGCCAUGCUGAUAGCACCACUGAGAUUCAGAAUCAGAAGUCUAGCUCUAUACAGCAAUACAGUACCAGAAGGGGGAUUGUUACUGCGGAGUCAUAUAGAAACAUAUACACCGACUAGGCAUAACAUUGUGACCACUGACAGGUGAAGUGAAUAACACCGAUUAUCUCUUCAUCACGGCACCUGUUAGUGGGUGGGACAUAUUUGCCAGCAAGUGGACAUGUUAUCCUCAACGUUGAUGUGUAAGAAGACUGGGUCAGAGCAUGUCCAAAACUGCAGCUCUUGUGGGGUGUUCCCGGUCUGCAGUGGUCAGUAUCAAUCAAAAGUGAUCCGAGGAAGGAACAGUGGUAAACCAGCGAUAGGGCCAGGGCUCAUUGAUGCACCCGUGCGGUCCGAUCCAACAGACGAGCUAGUAGCUCAAAUUGCUGAAAAAGUUAAUGCUGGUUCUGAUAGAAAGGUGUCCGAAUCCAUGCCUCGACGGGUCACAAAAAGAGGACAAACACAAUAUUAGGAAGGUGGUCAUAAUGUUAUGCCUGAUCGGUGUAAUAAAAAUGCACUUUUAAGGAGUUAUAGCUCAUCACACUGCUUAUUGCAACAACCAGGGUGAAAGAAAACGUUUAUUGUGGUGCUGUUUACUAUUUUGCUUUGUUGCUAUGGAGCAGACUUGCUAACAUGACAGUCCUAAUCAGUACCAAGCACACAAAUAUGCCAUUUAAUCGAGCCUCCUGACCAACCGCAUACCAUUUAGAUUUUGGGACACACCUAGGUGUGGCAAAUUUUAUUCAAAUGACUUGCUUGAGUCGCUGAUUAAAAAAGCUGAUGUGACAAAUUCUGUAUAAGAAUAAUAAGUAAUACAUUUGUGCAUACUAUUAAUCUGUAUUUCUCCCAAGUAACUAAUGUAAUUAAUUAUAUUUAAACUAUUGUGAACUGUGUAAAUGUGUUGUAAAUAUACUAAUAAA